AUGGUCGGCGUUCCGGGAAAGUACAAGGGCUGCGAGACCUGUCGCCGUCGCCGAUGCAGCAACGAGAGACCCUACUGCAGGAACUGCACGAACAACGGGAGGCGUUGUGAGGGCUAUGAGCGGGACCGCGUCUUCAUCACCGGUACGCCCGAGACAAAGGGCAGGGUCGCCUCCCACCCCAGGAAAGCGCCGUCGUCGAGGAGACAGAGCCCCAAGACCGACGACCAUGACGACGGGGGGAAGCUAUCCGUCACCGCGACACCCCCGUCGACCUCGGCCGUUGACGACUACCUGCGGCCGUCGAGCUGCGGCAACGAUUCCACCGUCCUGCUAACGGCUCUGCAGACGAACCUGCAGCAUCUCUCGCAGAGCCAUGAUGCCGCCACGGACAUCACUGUAUACCCAGAUGCAUCGACGCAACGGCAUCCCCGCGUCGGACCAGACGGGCUCGUUGUCAAGCCCAAGUGUCUCGCACGUGUCGGGGCUGUCGACGAGCCAUACUGCGCUUUCUCGUACGAGCGUGAUUCCUCGGCCAACGCGACCUUUGCGCCAUGGCACUCGAUAUCCCCGGAACACGAAGGCCGGGUCAAGAGUUUAGGACCGAAGCACUUCACCUACUUUCCAAACCACCAGUUCUUUGUGCAGAUAUAUCGACCCCUGGCCGUUAGCCUUUCCCUGUUGAGCCACCAAGAAACGUUCCUUGUCGAGCAAGAUUGGCUAUCGACGCCAUGGGAGAGACACCCAAAGUCGCCCCUGGACCAGCUGCUCGACAUCAUGCUGUGCCUCCCCUCCAUGCUGGCCAGUCUCGACCGCAUCUGGCCUCUUCCGCCCACCAUAGCCCGCCGCCUCGAGGCGCAGGAGCUGUUGCAGAGCUGCCUCUUUCUCGAGCCGCAGUUUCUGAACUGGUUCGGCAGUGUGGCCAUCGCCGCCGUGGACCAGAACCCUCCCUACUGGUUGGACGAGUUCGCCGGCCCUGGCGGCGCCAUCCCUUUCGCUAACCUCUUCACAUUCAGAGACGGCCUUGCGGGAAUGAUGAUGCUGUACUAUUGGAUGUCGCAAAUCAUCCUUCACCAGGCCAUCCAACGUCUGAACAGCAUCAUCUACCAACCCGUCCUUGAUGCCUACCCUGCCUUGUGGCCUAACCUACCACCAGCCCUUCAAAUCGACCCGAAAAACUACCAGGGUGCACGAGAGCUUGCGGCGAACAUCUGCCGAGGCCUCGAUGCCGUGCUAGACUGCACAACCGAGCCAGACAUGCUGCUGGCACCCAUGACCGUAGCUCUCGGCUACUACCGCCACAUCAACGCAACGUCGCAGGACGUCGUGCUGGAGAUUCUCUGGAUCGAUGCGUUCAAACAUCGCAUCGCCGUCAGGAGACAGCAGAUAGCCAACCUGCUGCCAGGGCAGAACUGGGUCGAGCUUGCCCGGUAUUGA